AUGAACACCGAAAAUAUGAAACUUUUUCUUGAAAAGAUCAAGAGUGACCCUUCACGGUUGGCCACUUACUGUGACAUGUUUGUCAACUCCGUGCCCCAGUCGAACAACUCUUUCAAAUCAUUCCACCUUCCUGUGACAUUGAACAUCAAUGGCGUGAGCGUCCCAUACACUGUUGACACCAGUCUUUCCGUUCAUGACUUUCUUGAAACAAUCUCUUCACAGUUCUCUGUUCCAGGCAAUUUGUAUAUUGGAUUUCCAGAUUUGAUUGACAAGAUCUUUCAUUCGCGAAAGAUCAGUAAUUUUGUGUUAUUCCCAAAGCAAACAAUUACAGUGAAAAGUGUGCCGCCAGUACCACCAACAAUCCCACGAGAGUGCACCACCGACUUCCCAUGGGAAAUGUUCUUUGUGGUGUUUGGAGAGUUACUCGAAAAGAAGGUGGCUGGGAUGCCCAACCAACUUCUCCGAGUCCUUUCCAACAUCCCUUCCCCUCUUUUUUCCUUCCCUUUCAAUGCCACCGUUCCGACCCUCCUCGCAAUCUUUUUCUCUCAUUUUGAGUACCGAGUGCUCAAAAUCGCCCACAAUCAACUUGUCCAGGCUCUUGACUUUUGCCUCACUCAAGAGGAUCCAACAGUCCGACUGAGAACGGUGAUUGCCGUUUUGAAAUUAUGCGUUUUCAAUGACGUCAAAUUGAGUGGUGAUGAGAUUGCAAAGGUGGAACGAGCGGUUGUAGAUAAGGCGGUUUUUUGCUAUCUUGGAUGUUGUGCAGAGAAAGAGACAAGGACUGACAACAAAGCAAAGAAACUUUCUGUUGUCGAUAGAAACGCGUUUGAGGUGAUCGGGUUGGCCCAAAGUGGCCUUGAAAUGAGUUUGGAAGAUGUGUCUCUUGUAGUCAAUGACAUCUUAAAGGGACUUAAGUCGGGGAUUAACACUGUUGUUAAACUCACCGACUUUUUCGAUACUCCUCUUUCGUUUACUAUGAAUGAAAACGGCGCUUUCGAUGAAGACCUUAACACAUACGCAUUACUCUAUUUACUCAACGAGAUUACUACUAAGUUUGGGUUUAAGGUUGUCACACAGAAGUUGUGUAUGUUACUCUGUUCAUACGUUUUACCGCAAUACGGCAGUAUAGAAGAGAAUACUGUGGUGAUGUUGGGACCGCAAAGUAUCAACUUGGUCUACUCGAUACUGGGAAAGUCAGAACGAGUCAAAAAAGUCAUUGGCGACUCUGUGGUUAAAUCCGUGAACAUCCAGACGAAAUUGGGGAAGGUCGAAUUGUCGUAUCACUCGACAGCGUCGAGCGACGAUAAGAAAAUCACAAACGCCAUUUUCAUUGUGGCAUCACUGUUGAAAGAAGGAGAAACCUCCUGUCCACUUGCGAAAACGAGUGAGGUGUUCUCAAGAUUUCCACCACGGUCUGUUGAUGUUUCAGAACUUGUGUCACUGUUAUUAAUGAGCGAAAACGGGGUAGUGCUGCUUGCAAAGAAGAACGGCAUUUCAAUGUGCGAGUUGAACUUCACACCAAUCGAUGAGCCUAAGAUCGUGAUCAACGAAAUUUGCAAAACGUUUAUUGGAAAGGUUUUCACGUACGAACAGAACACCGAGAUUUAUGCAACAACAAAACGGCCAAUGCACUUUGAAGUUAAAGAUGAAUACAACGAAUUUGGAAAACGCUUUGUGCUGAAGGCGUUAAUCACAAACGACAACAUCGCCUUUAUCAGAAAUGGAAACAACUGGUUUACUGUUGUUGGCGGUGCUUUACAAUUGGUACCCCCAAAAUUACUUGUCAAAAUGAAAAACGAGGCGAAGUUUUCUGAUGUUUUUUUGUCAUACGAAGAAUACACAAGAGACAACACAUCCCAUAAAAAGAGUGUUGAAGUACUUCAAGAGGAUAUUGGAGAUGUUAUUGUGAGGACAAGCUCUCAUGCAAUUCAAUUUUUGUGCGUGGAGGAAAAAACAAAGUUACUUGAUUCACUGAUUAAAAGGUACAACGACUUGAUAGAGUCCAGUGUGUAUUUGACGGUCAUUGAGUCGUUCACAAAGGACGAUCCGUUUAUGGUGAUUCAGAAUUUGGUGUGCGACGAGUUUGUUGAUUUCAUGAAGACGGGAGAGACGUCGAGUCAAAUUCAGGAAAGCUUGAUUAAUGUUGUGUAUAACGUGCUGAAAGUGAUUGAGAAUGAAGACCAGUUGGAAGCGGUUUUGGCGCUGGUCUUUUCAAAGGAUCCGAGUGCGGGACUUUUGAAAUUAUGUUUGAAAGCGAUAAAUGUGAGUGGAGUGAAGCAAUAUCUUGUGUGCAAAUUGGGGGAGUUCUUCCAAUUCAAAGGGGAGUGCAAAAAAGAGUUGUGCGAAAUUAUUAAACAAAUGAAAGGGGAGAUUGCCCAAAUGAAAGAGUUGUAUAAAGCAAAUGUUGAGUUCAUCCGAAGUUUGAAGGAAGACAUACCCGACGAGGCGCGACUUAUAUUGGGGAAAGUGGGGAACGAUGAGGAAAGGACGUGUUUAGUAUCUCCAAGUCGAUUUAUGAUGUUAACAGACGAACAGAAAUUUGAAUUUUUCAAGGAAGUUGAUUUGAGUGAGCCGAGUAUGGAACAACUGAAAAUUAUCCAACAGUACAAAAAAGAUUUGGUUGAGCCAGGCAAAGAGUUGUUGGACAAGUUUGACCAGAUCAAUGCGAUUUUCAAGACCAAAUUUGCUGAUGUAAAGUUUUAUGAUGACUGUUUUGACAUUGUUUGUUAA